AUGGAGCCUGAUACGGAGGCCCCCGUGGAGCCGCAGCGAUGCGAGGCCGUGCGGCUGAUGGGCGGAAACGCUUGCGUACACAAGGACAUGGAUGACAUGGCUGCCUGGGACUUGAAACAGCUGCUGGCGCAGCAGCAUCAAGAGAUUCUCCACAAGCUGGAGAGCCAGAAUGAGCGCUUACAGGCGCUGAUCGAGCGAGUGGCGCCAGUACAGCCUCUCUCAGUAGUGGAGGCAGCCAUUCUCGGUGCAGGCGGCAACAAGGCUCAAACUUCCUACUCCAUGAAGAGUGCGAAGAAUCACAGGAGGGAGCCAUUGUCACCUUCUUUGACAAAGGGGGGAGCUAAGCCCAAGUCUUUCAUCUCCUAUGAUGACGCCAUGCGAGAAGUGGCGCACACUGCUGACGCUGAUCGCUCACGGAGGAGGUUUGCUUCGAACAAGGAGAAGAGGAGCUUCAACCCGGCGCCGCCGAAUCGACUCCAACGCCUGGUGAGACACCCGAUGUUCGACCUGGGCUUCGGGCUGGUGGUUGUGGCCAACGCCGUCUUCAUCGGCGUGGAGGUGCAGAGCAGCAUCAACUCCUUCGGGCCCAGCCCGCUCAGCCUGCAGGUGCUGCAGAUUCUCUUCACAGCGAUCUUCAUACUGGAGCUGAUUCUGCGAAUGGCCGUGGACGGCCGCAAGUACUUCUUCUCGGAGGAUUGGGCUUGGGGCUGGCUGGACCUUUUCAUUGUGCUGUCUUCCAUUUGGGAAGUGGUCUUUGAGUACGUGUACAUCCAGGAGGACUCUGGGGACAACAUUGCUGGCGUCACCAGCCUCAAGGCCAUCAGGAUCAUCCGCAUCACUCGCUUGAUCAAGACGAUUCGCGUGAUGCGUAUCCUCCGCUUUGUGAUGGCUCUGCGGACCUUGGUGACGUCGAUCUUCCACACGCUGAGAUCGCUCUUUUGGUCGCUGAUGCUUCUUGGCGUGAUCAUCUAUAUCUUCGCUGUACUUUUUACACAAGCAGUGAAUGACUAUCGCUUCGACCCAGACGUGCCAGAGCUUCCCGAAAGGGAAAAACUGCAGAGCGAGCGAUACUUCAACUCAUUGUCCGAGACAAUGCUGAGUUUAUUCAUGAGCAUCGCUGGUGGCGUGAGCUGGGAGGAGGUCAUCGGACCGUUGAAGCUGAUAUCCCCCGUUUGGACGCUUCUGUACGUCUUCUUCACAGCCUUCACAUAUUUUGCCGUUUUGAAUGUUGUUACAGCGGUUUUCUGCUCCAGCGCUAUAGAAUCUGCUCAAAAUGACCACCUGGCGCUGGUGCAUACAGUGAUGGCAAACAAGGAGGCGCAUCUGGAGAAGAUCCGGGCCCUCUUCAAGGAAAUGGGCGCAGACGACGAGAAAGGAAUUACUUUUGCCCAGUUGGAGGAGAACAUCAACUCUCCUCCGAUACAGGUGUACUUCGAAUCGUUGGGCCUCGACGUGUCCGAUGCAUGGUCUUUCUUCAAGCUGCUGGAUUUGGAUGCUGGAGGUUCUGUGGAGAUCGAGGAGUUCCUGAUGGGAUGCCUGCAUUUGCGGGGCACGGCACGAGCCAUCGACGUAGGCAAGAUCAUCCACGACCAAGCCUGGCUCAUUAAAAACCAAGAGAGGCGCUGUGGGUUUCGCGAUGUCGUGGUGUGUCCUUGUUUGCUGAGUCCCUGA